AUGAACCAAAACGAUUGUAAAGACAAUGUUAUAAAAUAUUAUGAAGAUAUUCUUUGUAUAAAGUCUCCAGGAAAUAUAAGCACAUGCUCAGGAGACAGUGGUGGAGGUUUGAUUAGCCAGUUUAUAGAUUCACGAGGUAUAAGGCGAUGGUUUCUUCUUGGUGUAACGUCAAUGGGUCCAAAUUGUAGUAUAAUAAUAUCACAAAAUAAAGAGAAAAAUAUUUUGAUGGACACAAAUGCUUUUUAUCAUCGAAAUGCAAUUGAUAAAAUUAUAGGAACUGAAGAAAGUGACCGAAAGAAUUGGGAAAGUCUAAUUGGCUUUCAUACUUUAGAAUUUUGUUAA